GACCCCGAUGGUGACCUCGCGCCCAGCAAGCUUGCGUCUCACCUAUUCGCUCUCUUGUACAAUACGCCAACUGAUGGCCAGGGUGUACUAAUCCCUGGGCAUGACUACGGUGGGGCAUUGAGGUUCCAAAACCCCGACGAGCACGAUGUGGUGACGCAUAUGUAUCAUUCCGAGUAUUUCUAUCUCAGCCAUGAUCCAAGGGACAAAUUCGACUACGACGCAGAGCCUCUGUCGGAUAUCAUGCUGAGCCUGCCGGCCUUGAACAUGAUCAGCAUUGAGGACCGCCACUCUUUAGAUCCCCUGUACAGUUUUCCAAGCGAGAUAGCCAUGAUUGUUUUGGAAUACAUGCCGUCCGCUGACGUCUGCAAUCUUCGUCUAGCCUCUAGACACGUCGCCAUCCUCUCACAGCCAUCGCUCCUCACGCAAGCCUUCUGGUCCAGCAGGUUCGCAGGCAGUCACGAAAUGUCCUUUGUCUUCGCCAACCGUACAUACUGCCUGCCACCCGAGCCCGUCAACUGGCGCGAGCUUUACACCAAAGCCAAGGCCAUGCUGAAGGAUCCGAGGGCAUAUCCAGGCUUCCAAAAUAGGCACCGAAUUUGGGAUGUGUUAAGUCGCUUGAUUCCUGCUCUGUCUCUGCGGCUAGAAAAUGAGGAAUCGUUGGCAAAGGCUCCAUAUCGUGGCUCGUUUACGACCACACUAUCAGAUGGUAGUAUACCGGGGAACACUGUCUCGGGUGAGCUGACUUUCGAGCACGGCGGUGCGCCAUUCCGCGAGACUUCAGCUAAAACCGAGCUUGACGCCGGAUGCCGUUUGUUCGAGAAACAGAAGCUCGCCUGGCCCGCCGGUUCAGAGCAUAAAGCCGCGCGGAUUGGAGUUUCCUUUGCGCAUAUGGGAACCAUGACUUAUAUCACCGGAUUGCGCCUUUCCCUGCUGGAAGAACUCAGCCAGGAGGCUGAAGUUGCGAGAGCCGGACUUGUACGCUUGUCAAGCGAACAAAGCUUUGACUUGCAUCCAGGGGAAGUUAUAGAGGCAUUGACUGUGAACAUGUCUAUUACAGGUAUCGUCGGUUUGCGUUUUGACUUGAACGGCCCCAAAGGCGCGCGGUCAUGCACAACCGGAAACUUAGAAAUGGUCGACACGGAGAGUGGUCUCGCAAAGCUUAUUCUAGCCCCCAACAUGCAUUGCGUUGGACUUCUCGUUGGGCUUGAUGCGUGGAAGCUAGUCUCUAUACAGAUUCUUGAAGAGCCCAGUGACGUGAAGGUAGCUCGCACAUCUCUUUCUGCGCGGACAAACGACUUACAGUCGGCUGAGAUUUGGAAUCCAAACAUGCCUUCUGAUCGUCCUGACUGGCAGCACCCUGAGGCAUCCCACCGCCAGUUCUUCCACUUAUGUUUGAAUAUGGACUUCGGUGGUCACGAUGGAGUUCGACUCGCUCAACUCACCAGAGUCGUUGCUUGGAUGGGUGAUUUCCCAGCCGUCUUCUUAGGCAUGUCUUUCUUCUAUAGCGAUGGUACAGAGCAAUUAUAUGGACGCAGAGAAUAUGCAACUCGAGGCGGUAAACUCCGCAGCUGUGUUGCAAACUCCUUCGUACUCGCGGGAGCCCGAGGAGAGCUCAUCAACAGGCUCGAAACCGCACACAGCACCAGAUAUGAUACCAUCACGGAGAUCACAGUUUCAACAAAUUUUGGUAGAAGGCACAAUUUCCUGCUAUGGGGGAUGAAUGGUUUCGAUGAACGUGACUUGACAAGAUCAAUCAAACAGCUCCCAUCUGACCAUGCCUUCACAGCUCUGUACAGCAAGAUUCAAUCACCAAAAUUCUACUUCCGAGACUUGACUGGUGGGAGUUCGGUUGCAACCCUUGGAGCCGUGAAAGUAGAGGCUCUCCGGGAUGAAAGCUCGCACCAUAUACCAUUGACAUCUGAUUCUAUGAAGUCGGCCGUGGAAAUGCUGGCCCACGCUGGUGGAUUCGCCUUCACGUCUGCAAAUUUUUCCCGUAUUCGACGAAUCCGUGUUUCAGCUGGCAGAAACGGAUACUCCCGUGGACCGAAACAUAUAUCGGGUCUGUGGAUUGACUACGAGGACUCUGAUGUGCCUCUCAUACUCGGACAGUGGAUCACAGAAUGCGCGGUCUUGGAAAUGCACGAUGAUGAACGACUGGUUGAGGUGACAACUUGGCACGACUUUACUAACCGUUUCAGCCGUGUCAAAUUCGGCCCCAUCGUCGGUAUUAGCCUAGUCACGUCCAAGGGUUUGAAGAAAGAGGUUUUAGGGCAGAGUGUCGAGGGUAAGGUGUGUUUGCAGUAUCGGGAGAAUCCGUACGAGAAACUGAAUGGAAUCAUUUGGGGCUUUAACCGUCAGUGGGAUCAUGUUAGAGUUCUCUGUUCACCUCGUGAUGGUAAGCCCAAUACAGGCAUGGUUUUUGGCCCCGUGACUCGGAUUGUCCCUGAGUGGGCUGUGCGGGAGAAGCUCUUCCUAGAUGAUCUCAAUGCAGACGGGAGUUCCGACUCUGUUUCUGUCAUCGAGGUAUCAUACAAGUACCUCAGUAGCGAGCCAGCUGGAAUGACUUUCACAUACGAAUCCGGAAAGACGCAUACCAUCGGCCACCGAGGAGAGAAACCGAAUCCCAUUAGCCUUCAAGCCGGUGAGGAGCUGACAGCAAUGGAAAUCGGUGUUCUUCGGGGCAACAGGAUCGGCUUCAUGAUUACGAGCCAAAACCGGUCGCUGGAGUUCGCUUAUGACCCGGACAAGAUAGCUGGUCUCGCUAUCCACAGCAGAGAGAGCCACCGCCUCCGACGGCCCCAGGCGGGCGAGAAUCCUACCGCCAGAACCAGAGGGGUCAUUGAAGUCCCAGAAUAUGCAGGUGCAGGCAACUUGUUGGGAUUUUGGGUAAUACCCAGGAGACAAGACAGAGGUCUCCGGUAUCCCAUGUUAGGGCCGAUCUUCGAGAAGAUCGGGGGUGAGCAGGGUGAAGGGGAUAAGCAGCUAUUUUGUUGAAGGCACGUCUGAUGGCAACUUUAACGAGGAGAUUUAGUAAGGGGAAUGAGGGGAUUCAUAUUAACUUUAGGAGUUUGGAACCAGAUCAGGGACAUGGAGACUAGAGACAAAACUACAGAUUCAUUUAAAGGGAAUGGGUACUUGGGUAAAUCGUACAGUUCUGGAGUCUGUAUCAAGAUAUUACGCACAUCGCUUACGGGGAAUGAAACACGAAAGAAUGACC